GGAGGUGCCGGUGCAGGCGGGGGGUGAGGGCAGUCCACUGUCUCUCUGCCAUUUGAUCAGACUGGAGCUUUGAAGAUCAGUGAGCUUACAGCCGGGCCUCUCUGGGACACUGCCGAGGUCUAUGGGAUAUUGGGGAUGUGCAUUGGAUCUGCAGCUGGAUGGGAAUCCUUCCUUGGUGGAGCAAACUUAGCUGGAUACCAGGAUCUGUGCCCAGAAAUGGAGCAGUAGAGGGGCUGGCAGCCGAGUAGCUUCUGGAGGUCAAACCCUGUUAUCAGAACGUGGACUGGUCCAUUUUAUGAACCAUGACGUUGUGUGUGCUUCAUGCUGGCAUGGUGCUAGUAAUGGCGUCAUUGGGCUAUGCAGUUAGCUUCCCUGAAGACGAUGAGCCUAUCAACAUCGUAGAUUAUCACUAUUCAAGGCAAUAUCCUGUAUUUAAAGGACGCCCUUCAGGCAAUGAAUCACAGCACAGCUUGGACUUUCAACUCAUGUUAAAAAUUCGAGACACACUUUAUGUUGCUGGAAGAGAUCAAGUUUAUGCAGUAAAUUUAAAUGAGGUGCACAAGACUGAAGUAACACCAAGCAGAAAGUUGACAUGGAGAUCGGGUCAAGCAGACCGUAAGAAUUGUGCAAUGAAAGGCAAACACAAGGAUGAAUGCCAUAACUACAUCAAGGUUUUUGUUCCACGAAAUGAUGAGUUGGUCUUUGUCUGUGGCACAAAUGCUUUCAAUCCCAUGUGUAGAUACUACAGGUUAAGCACUUUGGAAUAUGAUGGGGAAGAAAUAAGUGGAUUGGCCAGAUGCCCAUUUGAUGCCAGACAGACCAACGUAGCCCUUUUUGCUAAUGAGAAGUUAUACUCUGCCACCAUGGCUGACUUCCAAGCCAGUGAUGCUGUAAUCUAUCGGAGCAUGGGGGAUGGAUUUGCUCUGAGGACAAUUAAAUAUGACUCCAAGUGGCUAAAAGAGCCGCAUUUUCUGCAUGCAAUAGAGUACGGCAACUACAUCUACUUCUUUUUCCGAGAGAUUGCUGUGGAGCAUAAUAAUUUAGGCAAGGCUGUACAUUCCCGUGUAGCACGCAUAUGCAAAAAUGACUUAGGAGGGUCGCAAAGGGUCCUUGAAAAACAUUGGACUUCAUUCGUAAAGGCAAGACUCAACUGUUCUGUUCCGGGGGAUUCUUUUUUCUACUUUGAUGUUCUGCAGUCUAUAACAGACAUAAUAGAAAUCAAUGGAAUUCCCACUGUUGUUGGAGUGUUUACUACACAGCUAAAUAGCAUACCAGGUUCAGCGGUUUGCGCUUUUACUAUGGAUGACAUAGGGAAAGUAUUCAGAGGAAGGUUUAAAGAACAAAAGACGCCAGACUCUGUUUGGACAGCUGUACCUGAAGAUAAAGUACCCAAACCAAGACCAGGCUGCUGUGCAGGACAUGGUCCUGGUGCAGGUUUCAAGUCAUCCACUGAAUUUCCAGAUGAAACCCUGGCCUUUAUAAAGUCCCAUCCUUUGAUGGAUUCUGCAACCCCCUCUAUUGUCGAAGAGCCUUGGUUCACGAAAACCCGCGUCAGGUAUAGAUUGACAGCUGUAGCAGUGGACCACCUUGCUGGACCUUACCUUAAUUACACAGUCAUAUUUGUAGGCUCUGAAGCUGGCAUUGUGCUAAAGAUCUUGGCUAAGACUAAUCCAUUUUCCCUGAAUGACAGUGUAUUACUGGAAGAAAUUGAUGCGUACAACCGUGCAAAGUGUUAUGGGGACAGUGAUGAGGACCGAAGAGUCUUAUCCUUGCAGAUGGACAAAGAUCACCAUGCCUUAUUUGUGGCCUUUUCAAGUUGCAUUAUUAGGGUCCCACUGAGUCGUUGUGAGCGAUAUGGCUCAUGCAAAAAGUCUUGUAUUGGUUCGAGAGAUCCUUACUGCGCUUGGCUAAACCACGAAACCUGCGGCAGAGUCAAGCCUGGCAUGUUCUUUGGAUAUGAACAGGAUGUGGAGCAUGGCAACACGGCGCAGCUUGGCGAUUGCCAUGAAAAAAUGUCUACUACAACUACACCAGAUUACAAAAUAUUUGGCGAUCCAACAUCUGACAUUGAAGCACCUUCCACUUCUGUAACCACAAUGACAAGUAGUCCGUUCAUUCUUCCUAAAGUGAUUGGUUCCUGGAAACCCAGAAUGACUGGUUCUCGGAAAUUUGUGUAUGAAGACCCAAACUCCUCUGAUUACAUUGAUACAUUAACAGGUGUCCCAAAUGGUGUAAGAUGGGAAGUACAGUCUGGAGAAUCUAACCAAAUGGUCCAUAUGAAUGUUCUGAUCACUUGUGUCCUCGCUGCAUUUGUUCUUGGAGCAUUUAUUGCAGGAAUGGUUGUCUACUGUUACCGGGAAAUGUUUGCACGGAAAUCCAGGAAGAUACACAAAGAUGCAGAGUCUGCUCAAUCCUGUACAGACUCAAGUGGAAGUUUUGCCAAACUGAAUGGGUUGUUUGACAGCCCAAUUAAAGAAUAUCAGCAAAGCAUUGAUUCACCUAAACAUUAUACAAAUAUACUGACUAGUAGGAAAGAUUUACCACCGAAUGGUGAUACAAAGUCUAUUAUGAUAGACAGCCAAGGACAACCACCAGAACUAGCUGCACUUCCGACUCCUGAAUCUACUCCUGUGCUUCAGCAGAAGAGCUUACAGCCCAUCAAAAAUCAGUGGGAAAAGGCACAAAAUAACUUAAACAUUUCACGUAAAGAGACUACUCUUAAAAGUCCACAGUUUUUUCCUUCCAGUCCUCCUCCACACUCACCUUUAGCUCAUGGACAAAUCCCAAGUGCAGUUGUUCUUCCAAAUGCCACUCAUGAUUAUAAUACAUCAUUUUCUAAUUCAAAUGCACACAAAUCAGAUAAAAAACUCCACAAUAUUGAGCAUUCUUUGGUAAAGCAGCCUAGUAAAAGAGAUCGACGCUCAGUGGAUUCUAGAAACACGCUGAAUGACUUUUUAAAACACCUCAAUGAAUCCCAAGGAAAUUCAAAAGCUAUGAUGGCAGAUAUUCAAGUCGCUCAUCAAAAUUCCCAUCAGCCUCCACAUCAAACGCUAAUGCUUGAUACAAUGGGGAAUAUGUCUGAAAUACCACCUAAAGUUCCAAAUAGGGAAGCAUCCUUAUAUUCCCCCACCUCAACUCUUCCAAGAAAUAGCCCAACAAAACGGGUGGAUGUGCCUUCCACCCCAAAUGGGCAAAUUACAUCUCUAGAAUCACAAAGAAGUUAUCAAAAAAACUCUUCACAGAGGCAUUCAAUAUCAGCAAUGCCUAAGACUAUGAACUCACCAAAUGGUGUUUUGAUUUCAAGACAGUCCAGUGUUAAUAGAGGUUAUAUGCCUCCAAGUCCUAACCCAAGGAUGGACUACAUCCAAGGAACACCUGUUAUUGUUCAUCAACAGACUUCUUUAUCACGGCAAAGCAGUUAUACAGGACAUGGAACUCUCCCUCGUAUGGGAAUAAAGAGGACACCAUCUCUAAAACCUGAUGUGCCACCAAAACCCUCAUUUUCUCAGCAAAAUACAUCAGUUAGACAGCUAAAUAAAUAUAGCUACUGAGAUCUGUCAUCUUGGUUAAAAUGUGUAUGGUGAUAAGGCAUACGUUAUAAAAGGACCUUUCAGGCAGAGACAUGCUUGCCGAAUUAGUCCCUAAGUGGCCAAAGAAGCUGUCUUUAGUUUGGCAACCUAGAGUUGUGCCAAACACAGGAACUUCAGAACAAGCUUGAGAGGAACAAAACAAAGGAAAGUGCUGGUCAUUUUGCUUCUUUUGUUUGGAGAAAUGUGGACAUGUAGCACAGUGGGAGCUACUUCCGUUAUUGAUACAGUACCAAGUUUUAAAGAUAUACUUGAAAAACAGGAUUUCAUUUUAAACUGCCACUGUGUGUAGCCAUCCCAUUAAAUGUGAACAUAUUAAGAUGUAUGCAUUUACCUUGCCUCUUGCACAAGUUUCACAAAAAGUGUCCCAGUGAGUGUUUGCAUUUUAGGCCAUUUCACUUCUGUUGUCUCAAGCCUAAAAUAUAUUCUAACUCUUCAGUGGCACCACAGUGUGUGCCACAAAUGAUUUGGCUAUGUGCGUGUGCAUAAAUGUUUCACACACACAAACACAUGCACGUUAAGAUCCUCAUUGCGAUUUCUAUGCCUUUGAACUGUUUACAUUGAGCAUGUCUGAACAAACAGUUUAUUUCCUUCCACAGGUAUUCUGCUGGCUGUGCAACUGGGGGCAUCAGUUAUCUCCCCUCCUUGCCUUCCAGAUAAUUAACUUGGCUGAACAUGGUACCUCGUGCAAGAAUGUAAACAUUUCUUAGAACUGUUAUGCUGCUAUAUAAACAAUAUUGUAGAAUUCACUGGAUGUCAUGUGGCGAGUCUAUGUCCAUGCUUGUUCCUUCUUGGUAUUGGGUGGUCCUAAGUGAACUGUGGCCGCAGUGUUGAAGAAAGAUCACAAUGGCUAGUGUACUUGCAAGGAAUAAUUUUUAAUAAAGCUUCCACAAAAGAAAUUGUAGGCCAAUGAUGUAGGAUAUAUGUACUGAGGCACCUUAUGUGUAGCAGUGGUGUGUUGCCUUGAGCUGUUCUUACAGAAUCUGGACAUAGAAGGAAGGUAAUAGCAUCAUCAGAAAGUUGAUGAACCCUCAAUGAGAUUGUUGUCCAUGUGAAACCUGCAGUCAUUACUACAGCAAUCUGUCACGUGAAAGUUGUGUUCCCUUUCAGUGUACAAAUCUACCAUGGUUGGGAUUGCUAACGCAAGAAAGCAGUCUAUUUCAACACAUCCAUCUGAAUCCAGCCAUGAGGCCAACAUAUCUCCAGACUCCAUACUGUAUUUGUCAGAGAUAAACUAAGCUACUUACUGUUCAUUAUGAGGGAAAAUUGUUUGCGUGUGUAUAUAUGUUACCAGCCAUCACAAGGGUGGAGUGCUAAUCAAACUCAAUAGACACCUGGUCUAUACUUUUCCAGCAGUGUUUCCUGUCUGUGCAAGUGGCAGAAAUUUCAAUGACCACUAAACUUAUAUGUCAACUUAACCCUUAUGUGACAGCAACUGGUAACAGUUAUAAAUAUCUAUGCAAAAGUUUACAUUGUAUAAACGUAUUGUUUAGCAGAGGGUGUUCAUUAGUAAACUGAGGUAGGGAAAAUAUACCUAAAUAAAAAGUGCCCCCACCCAACCACAGCCUUAUUUUAAAUAUAAGUUUCACUAAUGAAUCACUGUCAACCUCUUACAUGUAUGUCUGUGAAUGUUGCUUAAUACGGUUAUAUAGCCAUUUUUAAAUGUCAGGUUUUGUGAGGUACUAACUCUCCUUGGGGACGUGAGGAGACUUAUAGGCCAUAAAUGCUCCUCUGGAAUUCUGGGAAGAAAGGGAUGCAAAUGAGCUCCUAACAAGCUCCGCCUCUAAUGCCACCAACUGUAAGGUAGUUAUCCUAUAAGUUAAUGUUUGAUCCUUUAAAUAUGCCUUGAAUAUCCAAGGCCUGUUUAAAGGGUUGAACAAUUACUUAUAGGAUAGCUGCCUUACAUCUGGUGGCAUUAGAGGCGGAGCUUGUUAAGGGCUCAUUUGCAUCCCUUUCUUCCCUUAAUUUCAGGUUUAAUGGUCCUUCCAAGGGCUUUUUCAAUGCUGAUUUUCUUCCUAAAGAUCAAAUUUAUGCAGUGGGGAGCCACUUAGAUCGUGUUGUGUUGCUUUGUCUGGUUAAUUUACUGCCAGUCUGACCCAGAUGUGGAGUAAAGGGAAUUUGUCACCAUGAAUAUAUAAAGUAAUCUGCAGGCGGCAUGUUAUAGAGCAGGAGGAGCUGAGCAGAUUGAUAUAUAGGUUUAUGAGAAAAGAUUCAGUAUACACAUGUAGUGAUCCUCAUUUUGACUCUUAAUGUGUUACUUAAACAAUAGCAAGAAAAUGUUGACUUUUUAAAUAGUUUCUGUGUAGUGAUAUCAAGGAGACACGUGAUAUCACAGUCAGGUUUGGAUCUGCUACGUUUGUAACAUAUAUUUUAUUGAUUUAACUUCCUGCUUAUUCUAAGUUUAGGAGUCCAAGUAGGUGGUACUGAAUCAGUGAUCGACAGUCUUUCCUGCAUCAAUGUGCUUACAGAGGUAGCUGUCAGUCAUUGGGUAGGACUGCCCACUGGACACAAACCUAGAAUGAACAUAAAUUUAAAUUAAUAAAAUGCUAAUUUUACUGAAAGUUUUCCUAUAUUUAUAACAUGCUGUAGAAUGAACAGUAUUUUCAAUGUGACAGGUUCCCUUUAAACAAACUGAGAAAUGUAUCAAAACUGGUGUAAAGGAAAACUGGCUUAGCUGUCCAUAGCAACUAAUCAGAUUCCAUCCUUUAUAUUUCACAGCUCCUUUGGAAAAUGAAAGGCUCAAUCUGAUUGGUUGCUAUGGGAAACUAAGCCAGUUUUACUUUACAGCAGUUUUGAUAAAUCCCCCCCCCCCCCCCCAAAGUGUUGACCAAUAUCACUGCCUACUGGCCUGUCAUAAGGCUGUGGAUGUAUUCAUUCUAAAACACCUCCCAACUCUUAAAACCUUAUAGUUCCAAUGUCAAUGCAUGGCUUGUGUUGUAUAAAGAGAGGCAAAAAAGAAAGCAGUAUGGGCCUCUAAAACGUGAACGCAACCUUUCAAACUUCACAGGCUUUGCGUUAUACUUGGCUUCCAAAAUAGAAGUAGAUCAGCGCUAAUAAGCCCAUGUCCACACCGAGCUCAUAAAGUCACAUACAUUUGGUUUUUAGAAGAAGAAACAUAGGGGGAGAUUUGUCAAAACGGGUUUAAAUGAAAAACUGGCUUGGUUGCCCAUAGCAACUUUUUCCAAAGGAGCUCUGAAAAAUGAGAGGUGGAAUCUGAUUGGUUGCUAUGGGCAGCAAAGACAGUUUUCCUUUGCACUACUUUCGAUAAAUCUCCCCCAGGAACUCAUGUAAUACACUCAAUAGACAUUAUAGUUCUUGAUUCUAGAGCAAUAUAGAGGCUUAACACAGCAACACCAUUUCUCCAACUAUUGCUGUUUGAGGUGUGAUUGAUUUCAAGCGAUUGUUGCGAGGGAAGCGUAGCCUCACGAAAAUCGCCUGCUAGCUAGUGGAGGAGACCAAUGCUAUUACAUGCAUGGGGAGGAGCAAUCGUUAUGUCAUCGCUCGUCCCCAUGUUGACUAGUGGUUUGCCGGCGGCAGAUCAUAAUUAGACAGCAUUAUCUGCCGCCGGGAAACAAUAAUUUUUAAGCCGAAUUUUUAACUCCCAUAGAAGUGAAUGAAGCCUUCUGGAAAUUAUAGUUUCAGAAGAGCUGGAGGUUGCUGAUUCCUGUCUUAGCCCAUGGCCACCACUGCCCAGAAGAAAAUAGGAAGUUUAACAGUAGUCCAAUGACAAUAUGCGUAUUUCAUGUGUGAAUGGUUUUAUGGGUCAUGCCGGUAAUGACAAUGUUCUGUAAAUAUAUGUGAGGGUACCUGAAUCUGUGCAUUUUGUGCCUUAUUCAUGAAAAUACAAUUUAUGAUAGUAUUGUAAGUGUCUUCUGUAGAGCACACUAUAUUUUCUGAGUGUCAGAAACAUUUGCGAAAAGCCCUACUGACCUAUAUAUAUAGGAACCAUACUCUGCUUCAGAUCAAUAAGGGAUGAACCCAAUCAAGAAAAUUACAAUUACAGCUAAUGCAACCCUUUCUAGUACCUCUCUGUGACUGAUAUUCAACGCAGAUGUCUUUUUUACCCUCUUAAGAUGCAUUUAAACGUAACGUUUAUUGCACACAUGCAGACUGUUUUGAGACAGACGUUGCAAUCAUUCUAGCGUUACACGAAGGAUGCUACAACUAAAUCAUGUCUAACAAGACUCUAUUUUUUAAACAGAAGGGAAACAAAAUUCAUUCUCUCACUAUUUUUGUUCUAUAAAAUGAAUCUAUAAAAAAAACAUAUGUUAAACCGUAUUUCUGGUGGCCAAAGCUGAGAACUCUAAUUUUUAGAUUUGGGGCAAUAUUUUAAUUUAAUUAAUACCAGUUAUGCAAUCUAUGUCAACGUUGUCACUCUUUUAUUUUCUAAGUGAAAAUGCUGAUGUGUUUUCAUGUGUAAGAUUGUGGUAUGAGCACUAGAAACUGGAUAAGCCAAACCACAAACUGUUAACUUGGAUAACAUUGUACUGCCUUGUAGAUCGUAAUGUGAGUAUUUCUGUUGAUGUUUCUAACAUUCAAUCUAGGCUAAAAGAAAUUAAUUUCAUUUUUUUAAAAGUGCUUUAUCCAUUUGUGCAAAAGGUAAAAGCAGAUUGUAUCUUUUUUAUAUUCGUCCAGCAUAUCAAAGUAAUCUUUGAAAUAAGUUGCUCUAUCCUGUUCUGUAGAGUACUUUAACGUGUAGAUAUCUUGUAAAGUUGUAUUGUGAAUGUGUAAAUAAUUCUGUACUUUUGGGUUUUUAACACCGCAUGUAAAGUUAAAAUAAAAUA